UGGCCCCACUCCUCCUACUUCACGAGGCUUAAAAGCAAGAGUUGGGUACACACCCUUAACCAGGGGUGAGGAACACUGCAGAUUGUAACUGUCCAAACUAGCAUGAAGACCUGAUUCUGCUGACUGUACAUUGACUCUAAAGCCGCAUCUCAAUCCAGCGGAUAGCCAGUUUGCUGACAGAGUGGAGGAAGCAUUUGUGACUCAGUGGUCAUGUUGAGUGUCGUGAUCUUCUGCUGGUUGAGUCUCAGCGCCGUCCGGGUGGCAUCAGGUCUGGUCCGAACUAACCGCAUGGAGCUCUCGCAUCCAAUCCUGAGGAGAACAGAUACCUCGUUUUUCCCUGACAUCACUGUGCAAGAUUCAGGUCCUGCAGUAGACACAGUACAACUUAGAAUCGAUUCAGUCGAGGAACAGCUGAUGGUGGAUCCUGUUUCCUAUGAUGAGUACCCACAGGAAAUGGCAGAUGCAGUACAGCUCCAGAGGAGAGGCACACGUUCACCAGGCCGCUGUAUUCCACACCAACAGUCGUGCCUGGGACACCAGCUGCCCUGUUGCGACUCGUGUGAUACUUGCUACUGCCGCUUCUUCAAAGCCUUCUGUUACUGCCGCAGCAUGGACCACACCUGCAAACACAGACGUGCCUAGCACUCACAACACUGGUCCUGCAUGAGGCUGGGUUAAAGCUGAUAUGCGGGUGUGAAAAUCAAACCUUAUGCCAAUGCGCAUUUGUCAGUAAGCGCAAGAAUCCAUGAUGGUACUGCUUUACAUUAAUGUGCCCUGAACUAACACUGAACAAACCAUGAACUUAACAAUACGCAUUAACACUUAUUAUUUUUAAAAUAACGAACCAGCACCUACAUUAAGCAACAUUAAUCAGGAGUUCAAAAUAAUGGAUUCAUUGCGAAUUAACUGAGAAACUUCGUAAGCGAUGCUGAAUCAUGGAAUUUUACUGAAAAGUAAAGUUUAGGUGAUUAUCAACAUUUACAAACAGGCUCUGAGUUAAGUUGCAUCCAUUAAUACUUCAUAUUAAUGAGUUUAUUUGUUAACAUUCCUUAUGGUUUAUUAAUGCUGAAGUUUAGGAUUUGUUCAUGUUAACUAAUGCAGUAUUUAAUAUUAUUAUUAUUUGAAGGAAACCUUAAUGUUUAGCAUAACAUUCAUGAUAAACAUGCAAAGAUAUAAAUUUACAAAACCUCACAGGCAUAAACUCAGAGAUCCUCAGCGCAGCAAGUAGACAACAAUGACUGUGUAUUGUUGUAACUCUUUAUACGUGUACAAAUAUAUGUGUAAAUGGUGUCGUGUUUAUUAUUUUUUUAUGUUAUUAAAACCAUAGCAAAUUGGUAUGCAGAAUUGCAUUAUAUUAUUUAUAAUGUUAUAUAUACAAAAAAAAAACCUAUAUAAUUGUGUGUCAUUAAUAAAUAAUAAGCAAAGCA